AUGAGGCAUACAAUGGCAGGCGCAGCCGCACUCAACCAGCCGCUAUCAUUCGACCCCUUCACUCAGUCGUAUCAGCUCAAGCAGCAACAGACAUAUGCAGACUUCUCUCCAGCUUCGCUAUACAGCCCCCUAGAGGACUUCAGCACCGACUUCACUACCGACUCUGCUCCGUCUCCCAGCUCGCCCCUGUCACCCGUGUUCGGUGCAAGCUACACUCUACCCACCGGAGCCGAUUGGGCAUCCUGGGACAAGGUCGACCAAUCAACCGAGUCAGCAUCGUAUCUGAAGACAGAGCCAUACGACAGCCCGAUUCUCUCCUCUAUCCCGACCCGAAACAUCUCCCUUAGCCCGGCCAUCAACCCCAUGGAUCUGUCAAACCCCAUCCCAGAGGAUGUUGCCUUUGGGCGUGAGGGCAUGAACGAUACGCAACCUAUCUUCCAGUCACCCCCAGUCUCGAACCGGCCUACUCCCGUCUCGGCCCCAGCUCUAAAGACUCCUCGCGCCAUGCCCGCCGCCAAGGUAUCAACAACUGAGGCAUCCCGGCGCCAACGCAACAGCCUCAAGCGCAAAUCCAGCGAUUCAGAGUCUUCCUCCACUUCAUCACCUCGAUCGUCUGCUUCGCCGCCUCCCGCCCAACGGCGACAUCUAUCGCCUACUUCCAAUGACAUUGCGCUUCCGCCCAAGAAGACUGCUCACAACAUGAUUGAGAAGCGGUACCGCACCAACCUCAAUGACAAGAUUGCCGCUCUGCGAGACUCCGUGCCCGCUCUCCGUGUCAUGGUCCACAGACUGGAGCAUACCAACAGCAGUGGCGAGGAAGCUGAAGACGAGGCCUUUGGCAUGGGUAUGGGAAUGAAGAUUGGUGAGGAGGACGAUCUCGGCGGUUUGACUCCUGCACACAAACUCAACAAGGCUACGAUCCUGAGCAAGGCCACUGAAUACAUCGCACAUCUGGAGAGGAGGAAUAGGAACCUCGCAAAGGAAAAUGCGGCCUUGAGAGGCCGAGUUGAAGGAUUUGAGAUGCUGGUCAUGAGCAGAGGCGGCGCCAGAGGGGUGUGGAAUUGA